AGCCCCUCUAAACAGUGCUGCUGGUCUGGUGUGGGUGGCAUGCGGCGCAGAGAUAGCAGCAGCACUCUCUGUCAUCCCCACAGCCCCUCUAAACGGUGCUGCUGGUCUGGUGUGGGUGGCAUGCGGCGCAGAGAUAGCAGCAGCACUCUCUGUCAUCCCCACAGCCCCUCUAAACGGUGCUGCUGGUCUGGUGUGGGUGGCAUGCGGCGCAGAGAUAGCAGCAGCACUCUCUGUCAUCCCCACAGCCCCUCUAAACGGUGCUGCUGGUCUGGUGUGGGUGGCAUGCAGCGCAGAGAUAGCAGCAGCACUCUCUGUCAUCCCCAUAGCCCCUCUAAACGGUGCUGCUGGUCUGGUGUGGGUGGCAUGCGGCGCAGAGAUAGCAGCAGCACUCUCUGACAUACCCACAGCCCCUCUAAACGGUGCUGCUGGUCUGGUGUGGGUGGCAUGCGGCGCAGAGAUUGCAGCAGCACUCUCUGUCAUCCCCACAGCCCCUCUAAACGGUGCUGCUGGUCUGGUGUGGGUGGCAUGCGGCGCAGAGAUUGCAGCAGCACUCUCUGUCAUCCCCACAGCCCCUCUAAACAGUGCUGCUGGUCUGGUGUGGGUGGCAUGCGGCGCAGAGAUAGCAGCAGCACUCUCUGUCAUCCCCACAGCCCCUCUAAACGGUGCUUCUGGUCGCGUGUGUGGCAUGCGGCGCAAGCGUGUAGCGGGCCGGGCUGCAGCGGGGCCAUCCGUUGGUUCUUCUCCCACACUCCCCUUCUCCCGCCCCCCGUUUAACUCCCGCCCUCCUCUUCUCUCCCGCCACCCCCUUCUCUCCCGCCCUCCCUUCCUCUACCGCCCUCCCCUUCUCUCCCGCCCUCCCCUUCUCUCCCGCCCUCCCCCUAUCUCCCGCCCACCCCUACUCUCCCGCCCUCUCGCCAUUCAUUCCCCCCCGCCCUCGAUGUUCAUCCAUACCCUUUGGACAACCCUAAACCAUGAGUCAUGCAUGAUCACGGAUGUCUCAUGCUUCCCCGCAUUCUCAUACAUGCGCGCAGGAGGGAAACAGCGGAUUGACCAGGGCCUAUCAAAGGUUAAGAGGACUGACUGGAACGUCUCCAACUCCCACCGGAAGAACAGUGAAUGGAUGGGGGGUUUGCACCGUAAUGUGCGGUGGAUUAUCAAGGACCACUUCACACGCCACACCCCCGUGUACAACACAUACGUGAAGGGCUUCAAGUGGGGCGACCGUGGGCUGUAUGUUCACGAGUCAGGAUUUGAGGCCUUCCGGGGGAAGGCUGAGCUUGAUGCCGAAACGAAGGACCUGAAGGAGGAAGAAAAGGAGGUGUACGACUCGGAGGACAUGGAGGAGGAUAAGGAGGAGGAGGAUGAGGAGGAGGAGGAGGAGGAGGAGGAGGAUGACGAGGAGGAGGACGAGGAGGAGGAGGAGGAGGAGGAGGAGGAGGACGAGGAACAGUGGGGGCAGGAGCAGAGGAAGAGGAAAAGGCACAAGAGACCUAGGGCAGGCGGGAGGGAUGAGGAAGAGGAUGAGAAACGGGGGGGGGCAAGAGCUUAG